CUCACAAGCAUCGGCCAUUUUACGCUAAUAAUAAUGAUAAAACACCAUGGUUAUGGUGUGAAAGUGAUAUCGUUUCGAUUAUUUGCCUCUAAAAGACAUUGAUAUGUCUUCAGAAAGUGACUCAGAAGAAUUCUUUGAUGCUACUGAAGAUGUUGGGGCUCCGAGUCCUGGACGGAAAAGCAAAGAAUCUCUAGUUAAAGAGAGCAAGGCGCCCCCUGUCGUUGAUGCAUAUGAACUUGAAAUUCAAAGACUUGAAGAAGAACGUUUAAAAGCAGCGGAAAACAGACGAGAAGAGGAUGAGAAGCGAAAGCGUGAAGAUGAAGAAAUACAAAGAAAACUUAUCCAACUUGCAGAGAAAAAGAAAGAGGAGGAAAAAAAAUUGAUAGAAGAGCAGAGGAUGCGUGUUGCAGAAGAUGAAAGAAGACACAAAGAAGAAGAAGAAAGGAAAAAGCAAAAGCAGGAGGCUGAAAAACGAAGAAUAGAGGCAGAGAAACGGCGGAAGAGACUAGAAGAACGAAGAAGGAAAGAAGAAAGUGGUUUGGAUGAAGACAGUGAAAAAGAAACAAAUCAGCCGGACCCCAGUGAUGCACCAGUACCUCAAGAACCUAGUGACAAAGAUGCAGAUGAAGAAAGACAUGAGGCUAUUCCUGAUCUUGUUGCCAGCACUACAGGACGACCUAUGGCUUUGCCAUUGGAUUCUGAAUCCAAAGAGAUGCCACCUCCAGCUGCAAAACCCGUCGCUCCUCCUAGACGCAAAAAGAAGAAGGUUUCUAAACUUCAGCAACAGAAGGCUGCUGAGGGAGUUGAAGUUGAAGGGGAGAGCACAGGACUUGUUGAAGACAUGCCAGUAGUUGGUUUACCAUUGGACAUUGGUAGUGGUAGUAGGCCAGGCAGUGGGAUACUGACUCCAACAACCACCAUCGCUAAUAUCACCAAGGAGUUGGAACAUUCCCUAGAUCUAGAAAGUGCUUCACGGGGUAACUCUUACGUUAAACAUCACGAUUCAUCAACUUAUGAAACUAGUGUUCCGCAUUCUGACCAAGAUCCUCCGGAGCGACUUUCUAGUGAUAUCCUUGGCGAUAUGCCACCGGAGUGUGCUAAUGCACCUUCUGGCUUGCCUCCGGAGAGUCCUAUGGACCAUUGGGAGGAGGCUAAGAGUCGAAGCAGUACACCAGAGAUGGAGAAACUUCUGAAGUACCACUUGCUGAUGCAGGGGCAGAGUCAAACCGGUGUUCUUCUUACAGAUGAUGAAGUUCUAUCACAGGUAAUGGUGAAGAAUCUAGACACAGGUGAGCAGGUAUCUCUACUGCAGGCGGAGGAUAAGCUGCCUGCUUGUGUCAACCCACUGUCACUACACAUCAUGCGGCUGACCUCGGAGUACGUCAGUAACGGAAGCUUAGACAAGAUGGAUGCCAGUGAUUCAGAACAGAAAAAGGAGGACUCCCCUGUUGCACAACUCAAAUUGAAAUCGAAUAGGUUAAAAAAGUUUACAAAGAAGAUGGUACAGAAGGCAAAGACGGUUGCAGGAGAUGCAUUUAAACAUGAAGAACAGGCUUCCAGUGAUGAUGAAUCGUUACCGGAUACCAAGAGUGUCAAGUUCCGUGUAUCAUCCAGCCACAAAGGACCGUAUGAUUUUGACCAGCUGAAACUGGCGCAGGAACUUGGUAGUGAUACUGGCGCCAUCUGGACCAUGAAAUUCUCAUUAUGCGGCCGCUUAUUGGCCACUGCUGGACAAAAUCAUCUACUCAAAGUAUGGGUUCUUAAAAACCAUGAGCAAUACUUUGGUGACAUGAGACAAAAGUACAACACAGAGACACGAGCCUCACCAACACCAUCCCAAGAAAGCAUAUUGGAUGCCAUUGAGAAGGAAUCCGUCUCGAGCUCCGGAGGGGGAGAUGGUAACGACGAGGAGGAUAGUGAUCAGCUUGCUGUGUUUGCAAAAGCGCCAUUUUGUGUUUAUACCGGACACACAGCUGAUGUUCUUGAUGUGUCCUGGUCAAAGAAUUAUUUUAUGUUAUCAUCCUCCAUGGACAAGACAGUUCGUUUGUGGCAUAUCUCACGUAGCGAGUGCCUUUGUUGUUUUCAGCAUAUUGACUUUGUUACUGCCAUCGCAUUCCAUCCGAGGGAUGAUCGCUACUUCCUUAGUGGUUCGUUAGAUGGCAAACUCCGUCUGUGGAAUAUACCUGACAAGAAGGUCGCCCUCUGGAAUGAAAUUGAUGGGCAGACAAAGCUUAUUACUGCUGCCAACUUUAUCCAAAAUGGCCGUUUCUCUGUAGUUGGAACUUAUGAUGGACGUUGCAUAUUCUAUGACACAGAACACCUUAAAUAUUAUUGCCAGGUUCAUGUCAGGUCAACACGAGGUCGUAAUGCCAAAGGUCGGAAAAUUACAGGAAUCGAACCAUUACCUGGAGAGGAUAAGAUUUUGGUAACCUCAAAUGACUCGAGACUACGAGUGUAUGAUUUAAGAGACUUGUCAAUUUCAUGCAAGUACAGAGGUUGCUCCAAUUACAGCAGUCAGAUCAAAGCUUCAUUCAGCCAUAAUCGCAAGUACAUUGUCUGUGGCUCUGAAGACUUCAAUGUUUACUUCUGGAAGACUAAUUAUGAUUUUGGAAAGUUUUCAUCAGUUAGGAGGGACAGGAACGACUACUGGGAGGCAAUCAAAGCUCAUAACGCUGUGGUUACCACUGCUGUUUUCUCACCAAACCCAUCGCUGGUGAUUACGCCGAUCGCCGAGGGCACCAGUGACGUUACAGAGAAACGUGAAGGAUCACCUGGCUCGCCAUCAGUCCCUCUCAAGCGGCCGGACAAGAUAGACACUAAAGGUGAAGGGUCAUCAAGGGGUGGCUCCCUUAAAAAAGACAAAAUGGACAAAGGUGAAUUGUUGGUAUCGGCUGAUUUCAAUGGACAAAUUAAAGUUUUUAUUAACUACCCGAAAAUUCCUGCAAAGAUAUCAGUAACAUAAUAAAAACGAAAUAACAUAACAAUAUUGAACUAUUAUUACAAAUCAUAAAUAAUGUAAGUCUUAUUCCAUAGUAUUAUUGAAAUAUCCAAUUUCAUAUGUCAUGUAGGUCAACAGAUUCAAUGACCCUUUCCUUGGUACUAUGUGUCCCUAGGUACUUAGUAUCUCUCACAAAUUUUUAUUUCUGAAAUUCUUGAAUGUUUAGGAAAUCAAUAAUGAAUUUGGUCUAGCCGGAUCUGUUGCUGGCACUGUGGUUGUGUUCAUUAGGCGUGAUUGCUCUGCCUUGGUUAUCCUGAUAACUAUACCGCUUGGUAGCUACUGUAUCUGUUUUCUUAAGGCCAACUCAGACAGAAUCAUACAACUGAGUCCGAUGUCAUGUCGGAUCUGUGUAAGUUAAAACACAGACACAAUAGGUCUGCGUCAGGAACAGUUGUGCUAUUCAUGAUGAACUAAAGAACAUGACAAUAAAUCCUGCCAGGCUGAAUUGUACAAUGCUGUUUUAGUUGCGUUUUGAAUCAUCCCUUUGUGUUAAAUUAUAUUCUUAAAAUAAUUUUAGUAGACAACUGUUUUUUUUUUUACUGUUUAUCUAAUUGUUAUCUAGUCUUUCACUGGAUAAUAAUUUAAAACCAAACUUCAAGAUUAUAAAUCAGUCUCCAUUUAUCCUGUAUCAUGGAAUCUGAUAAUAGGAUUGAAAGUAGUAACGAAAGUGAAAGAAUAAAGUACAUUAAAUUUUUUCUGUCCUUUAAGGAAAAUUGUUGUAUGUCAAUAUUUGCUGCUUUUAUGAAUACCAAUUUCUGGCUGAGCAUUUCCUGUUGUAAAAUAUUACAGUGUAUAUAAAGUUGGUGGCUACUCGUGUGCAUACCUGAGUGAAGCAAUUCUGUAUAGAAUGUUUGACUUGAGGAAGGGGGAGCUUAAAUUUACAUUGGUGUCAGAAUAACCUGUUAAUGCAAUAUUUAGUCCAUGUCAUGAGUUCUCUUGUAGAAUUUUUUAUUUGACUACCUUUAGCCUAAUAGAUUUUCACAGCAUGAGGCUGAAUUAUGAAAACAACCAAUCAAAGGAAAGCCCUCAGGAUGUUUACUUUUCACUCCAGAAGACAAAUUAUCUUUAUAAAAUAACAAGCUUCCUGUUUUGCCAGAUUCGAUCAAAAUUGUUGUAUAAAUUUAGUUUAUAAUUUAUUUUUCAUUGGAAAAGGGAGCAAAUACAAUUAAUUUUUACGAAUAAUGUAUAAUAGUAUCCACUGUCUUUUAUCAAAAUGAUUAUAGAUAUAUAAUUAUAGAUAAGGUGUGGCUCCGUUGAAGCAUUUUAAGCCAUCUGUAGUGUCAUAGGCAAAUAUAUACAGUACAGUCCUGUCUGCAGUGCCAUAACAAAGAGCUUGAGGCCCUGGCUUACGCUGCUGCAGGCUCUACAUUGACCCUGGGAGCUGGGUCAAUGUUUUAAGGGCGUAUUUUGAUGGAAUUUUACAUUCUGAAAGGAAUAUCCCGUAUCUGUGGGCCCUGGCUUUAGCCAAUGAGAGCUCUUAGCUGUUACACGGCUGACUGUGUUGAGUUAAAGAAUGUUAUGAAACAAGAAGAGGCACUCGAUAGUGUGUACCUCUGCCAUUGUGACGUUUUUAUUUCAGUGUUAGUUCUGAUGUCAUCACUGCAACUCCCAAUGUCAUUUUCCUAUCGCCAACAUCCACUAAUUUUUCAUUAGUGCUCGGUUUGCUUGAUCUUUUUUAAGUUUGUGUGCGAAAGACCAAUUCAACUUGUACACAUCGUGCACCGGGAUGACCUCUAGACUAGUGUUUUUACACCCAGCACUACGUAAUUAUGGUAAAAUGUGCACCUUCCAAUUCUUAGCUUUAUAAUUCAGAUCAAUCCAGUAAAACUCUUUUCCUUGAUUCCACAAUCAAGUGCCUAAUUAUAGUUCCUGAUCAUCAGAAACAUCUGGCAUCGUGUAGGACAUCCUUCACUCCCUUUUUAAUAUUAUUAAUAACACAUCAGUGUUUUCUACUGUGGAUGAAAUAUCAUCCUUGUUUAAUUCUCCUCAGUGCAAAAUUCCUGUUAAUAUAACUUAUAUCAAAUACCAGUAUUAUUUAUGUAUGGUUGUAAGUAAAGUAUUAUAAAUUUUAUGCAUAUCUCAAACUAGAUAAACAUAACCCAAAUAUGCCGGAACCAAAAGUGAAUAUACAGUAAUUUGACAGGCUUGUAUAUAAUUUUCUUGUCAGUGUUUCAUAGGCUUUUUAUUUUGGUGAUAUCACCUGGGCUGGAAUGUUGUCCUGUUAAAUUAUGUGCCUGCUAAAACUGAUCCAUAACUAAAUGCACUUCAGUUUCACCACCACUUUCCUAAAUAUUUACACUUUCUUUUUUCCAUUUUUUCAAUUUCAUUUAUUUUUAUCAAUUAAUCUUUAAAUCCCUUAAAUGCAUUAUCCCACCUAUACUUACCUGUCUCUAUAUUUUCCUUUUUAUAAUAAUGUUGAUCACCCUUAUGAAAAGCAGACUGGAGUCGUAUAUGCUGUACAGUCGUAAAUAAUGAUAAUAUUGGUUCUUUUUAUAAGUCAUUAAAUUGUUAAUGUUUUGUUUUUUAUAGUGCCUUCCAAAAUCUACAUCAUUCAUCAAUUCUUCGUAUAUCAGCAUUGUUUAGUAGUAUAGUGUGACGUACCACGUUCAAGUGGUGCUCCAACUGUUGUUAAAAUGAACUGGAACAUUGAUGUUAUCUACGCAAUGCUUCUGACUGACCAUUCCACCCCUAGUACCCCACCUUUUGGUGUUAAAAAUGUCUAUUAAUAUGAUAAUUCUUCAACCAGUUUUGUGCAUAAAAUGAAUAUGAAUAUGUGAUUAUUACUUUGUUCUUGAUCCUUGUUUUGUGUUGCAUAUUUGCCUGAAAGUGCAAGAUAUCAAUGUUGUUUCACUUCCAUGGAAAGCUUGGUUUCCAUAAAAUCGCUACACUGUCGCUACAGUGAUUUCAGUGUAAUCAUUGUACUGCUUAGCAGUCCCCGAUGCAAUCGGAAAGGUCCUCGAUUUGACCGACCAAUCAGCAUCACUAAAAGCUUUCGUGUAGCGAUUGUAUGGAAACCAAGCUAGUCUUGUAUAUUCUGUAGAUGUCCCCAAUUAGGACAUGUUAAUUUUUAUUCCGACUUUCAUCAUCGGUUGGCCAGUUUAAUUUUUUUAUGAAUUGUUAUAAAUACAAAUUAAAAUUUAAAAUCUUUUUUUGUAUUAUAUUAUGUUUUUUAUUUUUUUGAAAUAAUAAUAAUAAUAAUUUGGAGAAUGCAAUUUGUGUGGUAUACAGAUAUUAUUGUUUUAAUUAAAAACCUAAAUGAAACCCAAUUAAAAAUGUUUAUAUAUUUAUUUACAUCUGAAUAAAACCAUCCAGAAUCAUAA